UCAGGGAGCUGAUGAAGGUUGAUGGUUUGACUAAUGAUGAAGUUAAAAGCCAUUUACAGAAAUAUAGACUUCACACAAGACGACCCGGUCCAAGCCCACAAGGUGGAGCCACUGCAGCACCACAUCUGGUGGUUUUAGGUGGCAUAUGGGUCCCACAAGAAUAUGCCGCCGCCCAUAGUGGUGCACCGGCCGCCAUCUACGGUGCACACCCAUCCACUCAUCCCUCUCCACAUUACUGUGCACCACCAGUGCCCCAAGAAUUCUACCCUGCACCACCACCACAAUCUCAGUUACACCACCAUGCACUCCACCACCAACUCCAUAUGUGCAAUCAAUCCUCACAGACCCACAGCUCCCCUGAGUCCGAUGUCCGGGGCACCGGCGACCGGUCCGAGACCAUCGAAGAUGACAAGUCCGGAAGCAGCAGCUGGAAGGCUGGCAGUGGUGGUGAAAAUAUAGGAGAGAGAAAAUCCCUGGUGACCCGAGAGGAAGGUGCAGAGAGCAAUGGAAGUGAGAUCACUCUCAAGUUCUAAAAUUUUUCUGUGCUUAGGAUAGGAGUUUUAUGUCUAGGUUUAGGUUUAGGUUUAGGUUUAGGGUUAGAGUUAGAGUUACUUUACUGUUAUAAUCUUCCUUCGGGAUAAUUAGACAUAGAGAGGGUAAAAGGGGGCAUAAUGAAAAAGUGACUGGUUGUUUUUUGUUUCUUAUCCAUUCAAUGCUUUAAUGUCUUGUUCUAUCAAAAAAAAUUUUUGAAC